AAUGAGAGCUGGACUUCGGUACAAAUCGUAUUUUAUGCAGGGACAGCCGGAGUUGGAGAUAUGAAUUGUUUGACGUAUCCAAAAAAUCAAAGCGUUGCCACAGUUAACAUUUCUUCAUAUGGCUAUCAAUAUCCUAAUGUUAUUUACUUACGAAUUAUCGGCCGACCUUUCUCUUCAAAGGAUUAUAGCGCAGAUUUGGGCACCUAUGGACCAGUGGAAGAAGUGCCUCAAACUGUUCCCACUCCUGCUACAGAUACGGGACCAUCAGAUCACACUACCUCUAUAACUGUGACAGUGUCUGUAGUCGGCCUACUCGUUGGAUUACUGUUAGUUGGCUGCCUUAUCUAUAUUAUAAGACGCAAGAAGAUGAGCCACAAACUACCGCCAGAAUUCAAAUACCACGCGUUCAUCAUCUAUAGCAGGGAAAAUGAGAGCUGGGUGACCAGAGAAUUACUUCCUUUCCUGGAAAAAGAAAGUCGUUUAAAAUGCUGUAUCCAUUACAGAGAUUUUAUACCCGGGAUAUCUUACGAAGAAAACAUGGCAAACAGUGUUUACAACAGUUACAAAGUAAUUUCAGUGUUUUCCAAAGACUUCGUUCUCAGCAAUUACUGCACCCACGAAUUAGAACUUGCCAAAUAUCGCCUUCUUAAAGAAAGAGACGACAGCCUGGUCAUAAUAAGAAUUGACAAGACGGAUUGUAAGAAGCUCCCUCGCGAUUUAAAAAAACGAAGUUUUAUUGAUUAUGCGAAUCCCUUGGAAAGACCUUUCUGGAAAAGGAGACUACUCAAGUUCCUGGACACGCCCAAGGAUCUUGAUAAAGAUUGCUGUGAAGAAGAAGACAAAGAUAACAAUAACAGUUUUCCAAACGAAUCUAUUCAAGAAAAUAAGCCAAAAAGAACUCCUUACGAAAGAACAAUCAGUACCCCUACCGAAGUAUCUGUUAUUUCAGAGACAGAGGUAGCCUCUGUUUGAGAAUGAGCUAUAGAUAUUCUUGUUUAUAAGUAUACAAGUAAGAGUGUACUAGAAAAAAGCUUUCGUAAUGUCAGCGAUCAAAGGGAUCUCUCAACACGAUAAGCUCGUCUAGUAUUAUGACGUUUCUAACGGCUGCUGUCGAUAUAGUACCUCAAAGGUUUGCUUUAUCUCAUUCAUUAAGUGUCGCAGGUGGGUGGGGAGGGGGAAUUUAGUUAUGGUAAAACUUUUCCGAAAAACAUACCGAAAUACCUAUUACGCUCCUGGAGUUAUGAGGAUUUCAAAAAGGAAGUGCUUUUGAAAGUCACGACAAUUCAAACAGCACCGCCACAGAAAUAUUUAUUGCACACAGGGACCUUUACUGAUAUACAAAGGGAACGGACCUUAGCAAGUUCGUUCCAUAAUACGUGUUUCAUAUGCUGAUCAAGAGAAAAUGAUCUCUUGUGCUGAGUUAUAUAUUUUUGUAUAUUGUACAUAUUGCUAGCUUUGUUGAAAUAAUAUAUAUUUGAGUAUUCAAACUGCAACAACAGAAAAAUAGCUUUUUUAAAAAAAGACUUGUUUCUUAAAUGAAUUAUGGAAAUGACCUUAAAAAAAAACAAA